AUGGAAAUUAAAGAAGCAGAGAAAAUAGUAAUAGCUAAACCAGUUGCAUCAAGACCAGCUUUUUCCGGUUUUAGAUCUUUCACGGAGCUUCUUACUGGUGCAAUCAACACUGCACCUCUUAAUGCGUUGUCCAAAACUACAGUUGCAGCAAUUAAACCGAGGACAGUGCGGUUUAAGCCAGCUGGGAAUCAAAAUUUAGUCGAGAUGGAUUCUUUUGAGGCUGAAAUAUCAGGUUCAGAAGCUUCGUGUGCAUCUGAUAACGUCCUUAAAUCUGAACCCACGGCGAAUGUGAUAUACAAACCAAUUGCGAAGCUUGUAUCAAAGGCAACCAUUUCUGUCUUGGCUAAUUUGGGGAGGGACAACCUUAUUCGUCAACAGAACCUUAUUCGUCAACAGAAAAUACCCGAGGUUGAUGCUCAACCACAUAACCAAGGGAACAACCGAUUGGACCUUACAUCAGAAUCUUAUCAGAAUUUCGCUUCACAUUCUGAAGCAAAGGGAACUGGUACACAAGAAAACUCUCCAGCUGCUAAUACUUCCGUGUUACUCACAAAUGAUGGGGAUCGUCCUUCAUAUGAUGGAUAUAAUUGGAGGAAAUAUGGUCAGAAGCAAGUCAAAGGCAGCCAGUAUCCACGAAGUUACUACAAGUGUACAAAACCCAAUUGUCCAGUGAAAAAGAAUGUAGAAAGAACACUAGACGGUCAGAUUGCUGAAAUAGUCUACAAGGGUGUUCAUAACCAUCCAAAAUCUCGGCCUUCAAAACACACCCCCACAGAUGGGCAAGGUCACGGAUUUGCAUCAGAUGCUACUUGUAAUGAAAUGAAAAAUCCCAUCCCAUCUAACCAUCUGAAUGAAAGGAAUGAAUGUUAUGGAGGUAGACUUGACAAUCGAAAUGACACUGAAUCAUCAGUCCAUUCGACUUAUCCCGGCCAAGUUCUACCAUCUAAUGAUCUGAUCACAGAUGGAGCAUUCAAUAUUAGCGUCUCAACUCCUGAUGAUUCUUUUGGUUUAAGUGAGGAAUUUGAGGAAGGAAGCAAAGAUUUGGAGGCUGAAGGCGAUGAACCCAAAAGCAAAAGAAGGAAAAAAAGGAACCAAUCAAUAAAAGAAGGCAUGCGUGAUCCUCAAACUGCUUACCCAAAUUCUGCAGAUUGUGAGGUUAUAGGGGAUGGAUAUCGCUGGAGAAAGUAUGGCCAGAAAGUUGUGAAGGGGAAUCCAUAUCCAAGGAGUUACUAUCGAUGCACUAGUCUCAGCUGCAAUGUACGCAAGUAUGUUGAAAGAACAUCAGAUGAUCCAAGGGCUUUUGUUACAACAUACGAGGGUCGACACAACCAUGAGAUGCCAAUCAAAAAUGCAGAUUCAGCAACAUCCAAGACAAGUAUGAAGAAUAAAUCAGCAACUUAA